AUGGGCCAAGUUUGCUCCGGUUCUGGCGUCAGCAAGCACGUGUGUGCCCCUCGUGAUCCAGCAGACAAGGAGUUGGAUUUAAUCUUGAUCCGCAAGACCAAGAUCCCCGACUUUGACUCGUUUUUCGAGUCCGCUGCUGCCCCACUCAACGAACUGGUAGAGAUUCACAACAGCAUCGCGGAGAGCGAGGAGAACCUCAAGGCGGCGGCUGCAGCGCUGCAAGGCGAGAUCCAAGUGCGACUCUCUGUUGGUCACGGUGGUCGCGUGGCGUUGGUACUCUGGAAAUUCGACAAGAAGGACCAAGUCCAUGUCCUCACACCGGAGGAGCGCGAUGAGAAGCUCAGCUCCAGCGAAGACCUAAAAGAGGCGUUCGACAACAGCGAGAACAUCAUCACCAACUUGAAUACUGUACUGGAAAAGCCUCCAACGGAUGACCCGCUCUGUGACUACAUUGAAAAGCACGGCCGGCUGUUUGUGACCAAACGAGGUCAACUCGAAAUGUUGGUUCGUGACGUGAACGUUGCGGUCUUCACGCUUCGUAAGCUGCUGAUGAUGCAGGCUCAUGUCACGAGUUUGACAGAAGCUACGACGAUUCUUUUGAAGGAACUAGCUAAGGUCGAGGAUAUCGGAGAUUUGAGCAUUGCAACCAACGAGAAUGGCAGCGUCAAGAUCAUGAACGGCGAGGAGGAGAUGGAUCUACGCAAGCUCAAGAAGCUCAGAGCGCCAGUUGCUCAGCUCGUCGACGCUAUGGCUGACCUUGUGGAUAAUGUGGAGACAGCUGUGACUUCCGUCCCCGAACUGGCUAAGUCUUCUGCUGCGUUUGUCGAUGAGUCCAAGGGCCUGCCGGCCAAGAUCCCGGAGGCCGUAUCCAGCUCAGGCUUGGGCAUCUCGGAAAUGCCUAAGGCGGCGACUGCUACUACCAGUAACGUUAAGGCUCUGAGCAAUGGCCCAAAGAUUGCUCGUGCUACUACAGUCAUGAUUCAAUACGCGGCUACGGAGCUUGUCCAGGCUGCUGCUAUCCCGCGAGGAGGUUAACGCGGUGGAGGCAUACAUGUAGUUGUGAAAGCACGAACGAAGUGCUAAGGUGCGUGGGUCCGAGUACACGAAAAACUACAACUAGAAAGUCGGAACUAGAGAAAAAUGAAUGUAGAUGUCUGGGUUAGACGCGGUGGUCGUCUGUCAAUUAUACAUUAAUUAAAC